AUGCGCGCCGUCUUCGCCAUCGUCUCCCUCCUCGCCGCCACCGUCGCCGCCCGCUUCGACGGCCCCUGCACCGACACCGUCUGUGGCGAGAGCAACGUCAACUGCGAGGCCGAGGGCCGCAUCUGCGUCGGCUUCCCAAGCGUCGACCCCGAGAAGCGCAUCGGAUGCACUUGCAGCAUUGGCAGAAUCUCUCACCCUGGAGGGGCCAGACUUGCAAUAGAUGUGGACAUGGCUGACUCGGGACCCAAUUAG